AUGGCUGAGCUGACACUGUUGGGUGCUAAUAAUUUCCGCCGGUUCACUCCUGAAUCUUUGGCUGCCAUUGAGAAACGUGUGGCAGCCAAGAGAGAAGCCACAGACCCUUUCCCUGGGGAGAAGCUCCGUCCCCAGCGUGACAUACAGGCGUUCCAGAAGUUGCCUGCCCUGUACGGAAACCCUCCUCCUGAGCUCAUUGGAGAACCCCUUGAGGAUCUGGACCCCUAUUACGAUGAUCACAAGACAUUUAUGGUACUGAACAAAGGGAAAGCCAUCUUCCGAUUCACAGCCACACGGGCUUUGUACAUCUUUAGUCCCUUUCAUCCCAUUCGACGAAUGACGAUUAAAAUUUUGGUGCAUUCAUUUUUCACUAUCUUUAUCAUGCUAACUAUUUUAGCAAAUUGUUUCUUCAUGGCUCUUUGGGAAUCACCUCAGCCAAACAGCAGUGAGACGUCCUUCAAUAAGUAUAUUGAGUACACUUUCACUGGCAUUUACACGUUUGAAUGUGUAAUCAAGAUAUUGGCGAGAGGUUUUUGCUUGAACGAGUUCACCUUCCUUCGAGACCCGUGGAACUGGCUGGAUUUCAGUGUCAUCGUGAUGGCAUACCUGGGAGAGUUUAUUGAACUGGGCAAUGUUUCAGUUCUCCGGAUGUUUCGUGUGCUGAGAGCUUUAAAAACCAUUUCCAUCAUCCCAGGUCUGAAGAUCAUCGUCGGGGCCCUUAUCCAGUCCGUUAAGAAACUUGCCGACGUUAUGAUUCUGACUGUUUUCUGCCUGAGCGUCUUCGCUCUGAUCGGCCUCCAGCUCUUUAAGGGGCAUUUAAGACACAAAUGUGUCAAGAACUAUACGGAGUUUAUCAACCAGAGCAAACUCUCGGUGUAUUCCAAUGGAACCUAUUUUCUAGGUGAACAGGAUUUGCCUUCGUAUGAGAAAUUCAUUCACAAUCAAGAAAAUUACAAAAUUAAGAAUGGCACUGAUGAUUUUUUAUUAUGCCACAACAGUUCUGAUGGCGGCUUUUGUCCACCAAAAUACAUCUGUCUGAAGGUUGGAGACAACCCCGACCACGGCUUCACGAGCUUCGACACUUUCGGCUGGGCCUUUCUCUCCUUGUUCCGGCUCAUGACACAGGAUUACUGGGAGCGCCUCUACCAGCAGACACUCAGAGCUUCUGGGAAGAUCUACAUGCUCUUUUUCAUGCUGGUCAUCUUUCUGGGGUCCUUCUAUCUGGUCAACUUGAUCCUGGCUGUGGUCACGAUGGCAUAUGAAGAGCAGAGCAAGGCCACCAUGGCUGAAACAGAGGCAAAGGAAAGGAAGUUUCGUGAGGCCAUGGAGAUGCUAAAGAAAGAGCAAGAGGAAUUAGCUGCCAAAGAAAAUGACAGCAUGUCACAUAGUUCUUUUGAAGUGUCCCCUGUAGCAUCCAAAGAGGUCAAAGAACGAAGCAACAGAAUGAAGAAGUUGUCUCUAGGGAUGGAAGGCUACGGGGAGGAGCCAAGGAUCUCCUUAUCACAGUCUAGUGACAGUCCUCGGAAGUCGGCAAUCCUCACCCACAGCAGCAGUCCUGGUUCAAACCCAUCAAAGCGCCGGCCCAGUCAUGGAAGUGUCUUCAAUUUCCGCGUUUCAGGCCGGGAUGCGGGCGCACGGGCUGAGUUUGGGGAGGACGAUUCCAGCAGCGCUGGGGAGGCUGAGAUCCACCGUGGCGCGCUGCUGCCUGGGCAACUGGGCAGGCGGUCGAGCAUCCAGAGCCAGGCUAGCUGCGGCUCCCGCCCAGCCACGCCAAACUAUGGGCAGCCCAGCAGGUGGACUGCCGGAGAAGAUUCCAAUGGGAUGCUCACGUUGCGGGGAGGCAGUGGAACGAGGCCAUACAUGGAGCCUGGGGAAGGGUUGCUGCUUCCGCCACUUAUGGAAAAUCCUGGCAGAGCGGACCUGACUUCGUACGAUGAGGCCAAGAAGAUCCUCCAAGCUCAGCGUCUUUAUAAUGAGCCGCUUCAAAGGGAAAGAACCGCAAGUGCCGUUAGCAUAAUUACCAGUGUGCUGGAAGAACUUGAAGAAUCGAAUCGGAGAUGCCCCCGCUUCCUGAACAACUUGGCCCUCCGGCUCUUUGUGUGGGAGUGCUGCCCGCUGUGGCUGAAAGUCAAGAAGGCCGUGAGCCUUUUUGUGAUGGAUCCAUUCAUGGAUCUCCUGAUCACCCUCUGCAUUGUGAUGAACACACUUUUCAUGGCACUCGAGCACUACAAGAUGAGCCCUUGGUUUGACGCGGUGCUUUCGACUGGUAACACGAUUUUCACAGGAAUUUUUAUUGCAGAAGUGAUCCUGAAAAACAUUGCACUGGAUCCCUAUUACUAUUUUCAGCAACGCUCAAAUAUCUUUGACAGUGUGAUCGUCUUUAUAAGCAUUGUUGAACUGAGCAUGCCCAGAGAGAAAAAAGAUAAUGGCAAGCGAGGCAAGAAAGGAAACUUUACCGUUUUGCGGACUUUGAGGCUGAUGAGAGUUUUCAAGCUGGCAAAGUCUUGGCCAACUUUAAACACCCUUAUUAAAAUCAUCUUAAACUCGGUGGAUGCUCUGGGCAACCUCACGCUCGUCCUGGCCAUUAUUGUUUUCAUAUUUGCUGUCUUUGGGAUGCAGCUCUUUGGGUCCUGCUACAAGAUGAACAGCUGUAACAUAUCCACCAUUUGCAAACCGCGAUGGCACAUGGAGGAUUUUUUCCACUCCUUCCUCAUUAUUUUCCGGAUUCUGUGUGGAGAAUGGAUUGAGACCAUGUGGGAUUGCAUGGUGGUAGCUGACCCAGCCAUGUGCCUGGUGGUCUUCCUGCUGGUCAUGGUGAUUGGAAAUUUAGUGGUUCUCAAUUUGUUCAUUGCGCUGCUGCUGAACUCCUUCAGUGCCGACAACCUCACGCAGCUCCCAGAAGAUGACAGAGAAACAAACAACCUUAAAGUCGCCAUUGCUCGGAUCCAGAGGGGGCUUCAUGCGACAAAGCAGGCAAUGUUGGCUUUUUGUUCCAAAGCGUUUGGGUUCAAAAGAAAAGGACCCCAAAAUAAAAUAAAAUGUGACAUUGAGAAAAAUGGCCUGGAACUUAAAAUAGGUGUCCAAAAUGCCAAAGAGAGUUACGGAAAUGGAAAGGAGGAGAAAAUUGCCGAGAGGUGCCCCGUGAAUAUUCUGGAUGAUUUCAUAACCAAUCCCAGCGUCUUUGUCUGUGUUCCUAUUGCUGAGUCUGAGUCUGAUACGGAGGGGUCUGAAGAUGCCAGAGAGCAACGGGGUGCCGUCCUGGAGAUAGACUACAACAAGCAGGAAGAAAACCAGCUGCGACAGAGAGGAGAUCGGAGCAAGAGCUCUGACGUCUGGAGUCGAACGUCUGAAAUCUCUUCUCUGGGGGAACUGAGUGCCCAGUGGAAAGCUGGGUCCUUAUCACCAAAGCAAAAAGAGAAUGUUGAUGCUAUAAGCUGUUCAGAAGGAAGCAGUGUGGAUAUCAGAGAUCCAGAUGAACUUUUGAAGAACAUCACCGAACUAUCCGAGGAGCUGAUGGAGCCAAACGACUGCUUCCCAGAAAGAUGCACUCGACAUUAUCCUUGGUGUUCAGCGAAUAGCACAACAUCUCUGGGCAAACUGUGGUGGAAUCUGAGAAAGACGUGCUACCGAAUUGUAGAACACAACUGGUUUGAAAGUUUCAUUGUGUUCAUGAUUCUACUGAGCAGUGGUGCUCUGGCAUUUGAAGAUAUUUACUUGAAUGACAGACGGAACAUUAAAAUAAUGCUUGAAUAUGCAGACAAAAUAUUUACCUACAUCUUUAUCCUAGAGAUGCUGCUCAAGUGGGUGGCUUAUGGAUUCCACAAGUAUUUCACCAAUGCCUGGUGCUGGCUUGAUUUCCUAAUUGUAGAUGUCUCCUUAGUUACCCUCGUAGCAAAUCUGCUGGGGAAAUCGGACAUGGGCCCCAUGAAAUCCCUCCGGACCCUACGUGCUUUGAGGCCAUUAAGAGCCCUGUCACGAUUCGAAGGGAUGAGGGUGGUGGUCAAUGCCUUGGUCGGUGCCAUCCCUUCCAUUAUGAAUGUUCUUCUUGUCUGCCUCAUUUUCUGGCUGAUCUUCAGCAUUGUUGGAGUCACCCUGUUUGCAGGGAAGUUUGGAAAAUGCAUUAACUUGACUGACACAAAUGCCUCUAUAAAUGAGAUGAUCAUUAAGAAAAAAAAGGAUUGCAGGAUUAACAAUGGAACGAAGAGAUUAUAUUGGACGACGGUGAAAGUGAAUUUUGACAACGUUGGCAUUGGGUAUCUGGCUCUUCUUCAAGUGGUAGAACGCCAGCCCAAAUGGGAACAUAGCAAAUACAUGUAUUUAUAUUUUGUGAUUUUUAUCAUCUUUGGAGCUUUCUUCACCCUGAACCUUUUUGUUGGUGUCAUUAUUGACAACUUUAAUCAACAGAAGAAAAAGUUUGGUGGAGAAGACAUCUUCAUGACUGAAGAACAGAAAAAAUACUACAAUGCCAUGAAAAAACUAGGAUCCAAGAAACCUCAAAAACCCAUCCCGCGGCCACGGAACAAGUACCAAGGGUUCAUUUUUGACAUUGUGACUCGCCAAGCUUUUGAUGUGGCCAUCAUGACGCUCAUCUGCCUUAAUAUGGUUGCCAUGAUGGUAGAGACGGAUGACCAAGCGCCAGAGAAGACCAACAUUCUGAAGAACAUCAACAUGCUCUUCAUUGUCAUCUUCACCUCGGAGUGCGUUCUGAAACUGGUGGCUCUAAGAUAUUACUUCUUCACCAAUGGAUGGAACAUUUUUGAUCUGGUGGUUGUGAUUAUGUCCAUUGUUGGCAAUGUGCUUUCUGGCAUUUUGGUUUCCUUUUCGCCUACGCUUUUCCGGGUGAUCCGCUUGGUGCGAAUCGGACGAAUACUCCGGCUCAUCCGGUCUGCCAGGGGAAUCCGGACUCUUCUUUUUGCCUUGAUGAUGUCCCUUCCUGCCCUGUUCAACAUCGGCCUCCUGCUCUUCCUGGUCAUGUUCAUUUACGCCAUUUUUGGCAUGGCCAACUUCGCCUAUGUUGCCCGAGAAGGUGGGAUCGACGACAUGUUCAACUUCCAGACCUUCGGUAACAGCAUGCUCUGCCUCUUCCAGAUCACCACGUCAGCCGGCUGGGACGGGCUUCUUCACCCCAUGUUAAACUCUGGGCCUCCAUUCUGCGAUCCAAGCCUGAAAGUUCCUUCCACUUUCUCUAAGGGAGACUGUGGGAAUGCUGCAGUCGGCAUCAUUUUCUUUGUGACGUACAUCAUUAUAUGCUUUCUCAUAGUGGUCAACAUGUACAUUGCAGUCAUUUUGGAGAACUUCAACGUUGCCACAGAAGAGAGCACUGAACCACUGGGUGAGGAUGACUUCGAGAUGUUUUAUGAAGUAUGGGAGAAAUUUGACCCUCUAGCAACCCAGUUCAUUUCAUUCUCUAUGCUUUCUGACUUUGCACAUGCUCUGCCCGAGCCUUUGCGUGUACCUAAGCCAAACAAACAUGAGCUGACAGCAAUGGAUCUUCCCAUGGUCAGUGGGGACAGGAUUCACUGCUUGGACAUUCUUUUUGCUUUCACCAAAAGGGUGCUCGGAGACUCUGGCCAGAUGGACACCCUGAAGCUACAUAUGGAGGAAAAAUUCAUGGCGGCCAACCCAUCCAAGGCUUCCUACGAACCGAUCACCACCACACUCAAGCGGAAGUAUGAGGAAACGCAUGCUGCUAUCAUCCAGAGGGCCUUCCGGAAACAUUUGCUUCAACGCUCCAUGAAGCAGGCCUGUUUCCUACACCGCCACAAAAACUGUGAUGGUGAUAUCCUUGAUGAAGAUGCUCCAGAAAGAGAAGGUCUCGUUGCACAUCUGAUGAAUGAAAACUAUAUUGGGAACCCAGGCAAAUCCCAAACACCGUCCUCAGAAUCUAUCCCUCCAUCCUACCACUGUGUUACUGGAGCUCCGGGCGAUGGCUUAGGGGAGGAAAGAGUGGAGCCUCCUUGCAGCAGCAAACCAAAGGAUGGCCAGCGAUCGCUAGACAAAGGCAAGAAGCCUGAUGUUUAG